CAAGGUCGUUCUGGCACAUGCGGCCCACGUGACAUCUCCGCUUUGCGCUCUUAAGGGUUUCUUCCGCGCCUCCGCCGCCGUCCCGCACCUCAUCGCAGAGCCCAUUCCUUCCUCUGCCGACGCGACCGCACCUGCUCCGCCAAUGCCGACGGUGAGCGUCGGAAGGGACCGCCUCUUCGCCGCCCUCGGCAAAACCUACACGCAGGAGGAGUUCGAAGCCCUCUGUUUCGAGUUCGGCAUCGAGCUCGACGAUGUGACUACGGAGAAGGCAAUUAUUAGGAAGGAGAAGCAUCUCGAAGAUGAUGAUGCUGACGAAGAGGACGAGGAGGUCAUAUACAAAAUCGAAGUCGCCGCCAAUAGAUAUGAUUUGCUCUGUCUCGAAGGGAUUGCUCGAGCUCUCAGAAUUUUUAUUGGAAGUGAAAAAAGUCCUCUAUAUACAAUCUCUGAUGUCCCACCUAAGUCUAUGCUUAGAAUGCAUGUUAAACCUGAGACCUCAUUGAUCCGACCAUUUGUCGUUUGUGCCAUUCUAAGAGGAAUAGCCUUUGAUGAAGCCAGAUACAACAGCUUCAUUGAUCUUCAAGAUAAACUCCACCAAAAUAUAUGUAGGAGAAGGACCUUAGUUGCUAUUGGAACUCAUGAUUUGGACACAAUACAGGGUCCUUUUACAUAUGAGGCUUUGCCACCUCAGGAGAUUAAUUUUGUGCCUCUAAAGCAGGUGAAAAGCUUCAGGGCCGAUGACCUGUUAGAAUAUUACAAAUCAGAUUUGAAGCUGAAGAAGUACUUGCACAUAAUUGAGAAUUCUCCUGUAUACCCUGUGAUAUAUGACAGUAAUAGAACUGUUCUGUCACUGCCACCAAUUAUCAAUGGUGCACAUUCAGCAAUCAGCCUAAAGACAAAAAAUGUGUUCGUUGAAUGUACAGCCACUGAUUUGACAAAGGCUAAGAUUGUUUUGAACACAAUGGUGACGAUGUUUUCUGAAUAUUGUGAAAAUAAAUUUGAGAUCGAACCAAUUGAGGUGGUAAACUCUGAUGGCAAGUCUAACAUCUACCCCGAUCUUUCAAUUAUGAAAAUGGAAGUCCCUCUGUCUGACCUUGUUGAUCCAAUUGGUAUCUCACUUGAUGCUACGGAGGUUGUAACCUUAUUAAAUAAAAUGCAAUUGCAAGCGGAGAAGUCCUCAUUGACUGGUGGAGAAUGUAAAAUUUUUGUAUCUGUACCUCCCACUCGAAGUGAUAUUCUACAUGCCCGUGAUGUGAUGGAGGAUGUUGCUAUCGCUUAUGGGUACAACAACAUUCCAAAAUCGAAGCCUAAAUGCAUGACUACAGGAAGUCGGCAGCCAUUGAACCGUUUUUCUGAUAAAAUCAGAGCUGAGGUUGCCAGGGCAGGUUACAUGGAAGUGCUAACUUGGAUAUUGUGCUCACAUGAGGAGAAUUUUGCAAUGUUAAGGCGGAAGGAUGAUGGAGAUAAAGCAGUUGUCAUUUCAAAUCCUCGUUCAGCUGACUUUGAGGUUGUUCGAACAAGUCUCAUGUCAUGCUUGCUAAAGACUUUAAAGCAUAACAUAGAUCACCCAAGACCCAUAAAGAUCUUUGAAGUUGGUGAUGUUGUUACCUUGGAUGGUGAUCGUGAUGUUGGUGCAGCAAAUAACCGUCGACUUGCAGCAUUGUAUUGCAACGUUUCCUCAGGCUUUGAGGAAAUUUUGGGAUUGGUGGAAAGAAUCAUGAAAGUUGUAAGAGCACCUCAUCUGCAAAUUUCUGAAAAUUAUAUUAUUCCUUCAGAUGAACCGGAAUAUUUUCCAAAUAGACAAUGCAGCAUCAUAUUGAAUGGAAAACAAAUAGGCAAUUUUGGGAUUGUUCAUCCUGAGGUUUUGAAGAAAUUUGGUAUUCCAGACCCUUGCUCUUUCUUGGAGAUUGACAUCCAAGCUUUGUUGUAGGGUAAAGUAUUUAAGGUACAAAAUGACAUGAUCCGCUCAUUCUUUUUAUGAUGAGUUAUCUCAGUUAAUGAAUUUGGAGAAUGCUAGCAAGAGUCAAUACUAUUACUUGUGACAAACUCCAGGCUUAUUACAGUCGAAUGCAUGUAAUUUGUGUUUAAUAGUACUUUCCAUGCCAAUCUGACUGCUAGCAAUUGGUAAUUUUUGGAUUGCUUUAUUGCAGUGUAUUUUCAAGCUUUAUUGAUAUUGUCUACGUUACAAACA